AUGAAUAUUUUAAGAAUUCUGGCCGACCCAGGGCUUGUAGCCCGGCUUCAGCGAUUUUGUGGUGUGGAAUAUGAGAAACCAGCCACCUGUGACCAGCAGACCCAGACAAGAGGAGAAUCUUCAGAUUCAGACAGUAAUAACGAGCACGACAAGCCGCCAUCGAAUGGUUUACUAGCAGACGAUGCACUGAGUGAAGGUUCUGACACCAGAAGUAAAAACCACACACUUGAGACUCGGAACAAUCUGGAGGAAUGUAAUAAUAACUUCAAUAAAGUCAUGAACAUCAACGAAACCUUUGAUGAAUUUAAAAUUAACAAUAGUAAGACAAAAUGUAUGACAACCAAGAUUUCCAGGACAAAUGGGUAUCGGCUAAGCGGUCCACCUAUCAUAGAUUUGAGCAGAAGCAAAAUAUCAGAGUGCAGCUCACAUCCUGCAGGUGUGAGCCUACUCAAUGGGGAUGGUGUCUCAAGGAAUGGUGAGAGUCAGACUGCAACCCCGCCCAGUCCAACAGUGAGGAUCAAGUACAGGUCUCUUAUGUAUCUUGCAUACUUUGGAGCUUUCCUCGGCAAUGAAGAAUUCUACCUGACGUUUUUCCCCUUUGGUGUUUGGAAUUUAGAUUCUUCCGUGAUUAGGAAGGUUGCCAUGUUGUGGUGCGUAGUUAUGUACCUCGGACAAGCCACCAAGGAUUACCUCCGCUGGCCCAGGCCGCAGUGGCCCCCUGUGGUGAGACUGGAAACAAUUUAUUCUCAGGAAUACUCCAUGCCAUCGACACAUGCUAUGGGUGGCACAGCUAUUCCAGUCUGCUUGGCUUACUACAUGGUGACACGAUAUCAGGUGCCAGUGCCUGUGGUGCUCAUUGUGGCCUUACUGUGGUUUUCUGUAACUUGUUGGAGCCGCCUCUAUCUGGGAGUUCAUACAUUACUGGAUCUGCUGGUUGGAUUCGUCUAUGCCUUGUUGAUUUCGCUGAUCUUCUUAGGCUGUGUAGAAGAGUACGAUUUAUACCAGCAAACCCAUCCAUUUGCCGUCCCUGUAGUACUCUUCACAGCCCUGGCUUUGUGCACAGUUUGCUACCCAAGCAGCUACAAGGACUCCUCAAAGGGUGAUGCUGUCCAGAUCGUGGCGGCUCUGACAGGAGUUGGCAUCGGAAGUUGGAUUGGUUACCAUCUUGGCUACUUCCAUGAAUCAGAAAUGUUUCCGCCGUACUCAAUCACCAUUCCAACACUGAGUGCCUGUGUCAUGGCUUUUGCCAGAUUUGUUACUGGUGUAGCAGUGCUGGCACUGAUAUACGUAGUUAUUAGAUCACUGUCCAUUCGAUUCUAUUCCUACAUGUAUGGCUUAGACAAACCAGACAAAACAUUCCCUAGUGUCAUGACCGCAUACAAAUUCACAACCUACACAGUCGUGGGAAUAGGCAUCACUUUCUUUGCACCUUUAAUACAUCUUUACUUUGGAAUCCACCGGCCUUCCUCAUUUUAUGAAGUUUUGUGA